UCGGACACAGUUUCCAGACUGAAAAAACUUCCACCAAAGUGAAUUAUGGCGGCCGCCGUGUCUGUUAGUUCAGCUGGCAGAGGUGAAAGUACAGACACUGGGUCCAGUUUUGUCUCUCGUCCACUUCAUGAAAACCAUGACCUCACUGCGGAUCAAGAAAACUUGAUGGUCAGAGAUCAUCAGUAUUCCGAACUCGUACCCAGAGAAGAGGACGCGACAUCGGGACACGAGUAUCAGCGAAGAGUCGAGGAGGACUUGACAUCACUGUGCCUCGAAGAAAUCGAGAGCCGCUUGGAGAGAACUCGUCGGGAAUUUUACAACCGUAGGAAAAUUAUCAUAAAAAAUCUACCUUCCGACGUUAGUAAUCAGGAGGUCCAUGAGCUGUUGGGCAGCUAUGAUUUAAAGUACUGCUUUGUUGACAAAUACAAAGGCACAGCAUUUGUAACACUACUCAAUGGGGAACAGGCGCAGUGUGCCAUCAAAGAGUUCCACCAACAUGUUAUGCGAGACAGGGAGAUCUCAGUACAGCUGCAGCCGACUGACGCUCUGCUGUGCAUCGCUAACCUGCCUCAAGCCUUCACGCAGCAGCAGUUUGAGGAGCUGGUGCGACCCUUUGGCAACCUAGAGCGCUGCUUCCUGGUUUACAGCGCCUCCACGGGGCAUUCCAAAGGCUACGGCUUUGUGGAGUACAUGAAAAAGGACUCUGCAGCCAGGGCCAAGUCGGAGCUCUUAGGGAAGCAGCUGGGCUCCCGCAUGCUGUAUGUUCACUGGACUGAGGUGGGCUCGCUCACAUAUCCACAGCUGCACUCCAAAUGCUUGUGUGUUGAUCGUCUACCCCCAAGCCUGCUGACAGCCCAGGACCUCCGCACUGCCCUUGCUGACACCCAUGCACCAGUGUUCUGCCAGUUGGCUCAGGGACAAGAUGGAAGUUUCCGGCGUUUUGCUGUAUUGGAGUUUGCCACUGCUGAGAUGGCCGAGGAGGCACAAUGGCUCGCAGAUGGCAGGCUGCUGGGCGGGACACACAUCAGGGUGUCCUUCUGUGCCCCCGGCCCUCCUGGAAGAAGCAUGCUGGCUGCUCUGAUUGCUGCACAAACCAUGGCUGUAAAUCGAGGCAAAGGUCUCCUCCCUGAUCCCACGGCCAUGCAGAUACUCACAGGUCUUAAUAACCCUGCCACCCUCAAGAUGUUGCUAAACCCUCUACAGAAACAAGGCCUCCUCGGAGCAGCCCCUGCAAUGCCAUUGCUGGCCAACCCUGCUCUCUCUGCUGCCCUACUCCAGCUGCUUCUUCAGAACCAGGCCAAAGUCCAGCAGCAGGCUGGACUCAUCGGGGAGAAUCCUCUGGCUGCUCUGCCUAUCCAGCAGGGAGUCCAUCUGCUCGGAGACCUCCCUCAAGGUGGUGUCGUCUCAGGGCUGGGCCUGCAGACCGAUCCCCGACCACCACUAAAGCAAGUACCAAUAGGCAGAUCCCUGGCACGAGAGCAGGAUUCCCCUACAACAGCAUGCAGCUUCCCCCAGACUUCCUCUCCCACUCUACCGGGCGUCUCCAUACCCCUGACGAGUGGAAUGAUGGGGACAGAUGGCCUGGGAUCACAAGGGGUAUCUAUACUGGGCGAUCCUCCAAAAGAUGUGAACCUUCUCCAGAGUGCCUUCCUCAAUGUCAACAAUGUUUUUCCCUCAGGAACAAGUUGCAGACCUCAUCCCUACAGGAAGAGACCUACACUAAGUAAUGUGUCCAACCAGCACACACAUCAGAGUUUACAGCAGAAUUACAACCUGCGCUACCAGGAUUCCUUCAGCCCAGAAUAUCCUUCUCUGCACCAGGAUCCCUUAGCCCAACUGUAUGAACAGCAGGAAAACCUGGAUACAGGGGCCUUGGCAGGAUUUGGUCAGCAGCACUCUCAUCAUCAUGACUACAGUGAGCGGUUUUCCCACUACAAUUACUCUGUCAACCCACCCCUGUCGUCGUACUUCAGCUCAGGGCCAGAGGCUCCCAGUAACAUCAGUCUUUCCACCACCCACCUCAACAGGGCUGCGGGAAUGCCUCCCAUGAGCCACAACACCAACUAUCCUCCAGGCCUGGGGAAUGUUAUGAAGACACCUAUAGGAAGCCACAAGCGUGUGUUCUCCCGGCUUAUCCCAUCACCAGAGCCGAGCCCAGAGGGUGGUUACGUGGGCCAGCACUCCCAAGGCCUCGGUGGUCAUUAUGCAGACUCCUACCUUAAACGUAAGCGUAUAUUCUGAAUAUAGCAGAAUGCCUCUCGCUGUAAGAGUAGCCAUUCAACAGCCAGGUCACGGUGGCAUAUCCUCUAAUCGACUCAGUGUCCUGAUGGUCCUUGGGUUUGUCUCCUGUGAGUGACACCUUGAGGGCACUGAGGAGUGUGACCUCUGGCUGUCUGGACAGUAAUGUAGCUCCAUGAGGUAGUUUUGUGUUUUCUACCUCCCCCUCCCUAUCCUUUUUUUGUGCGUGUAUUCUGUUUUACUGUGCUUUGUAAAUUAACGUUUUACUUUUUUCCUUUAUUUGAAUUUUAUGUUAAGUUGUACAGUGUGAAAAAAAUGGUUAAUUAGUUAUUGAAGUCUUUUAAAUUUAAUUUUUUCUGAUUAUCCCUGUAUUGAGUGUGGUGUGUCAACAGAUCUAUAGAUGGUUUGACCAGUUUACGGUGCCAGACGCACUGCUUUUAUUAAUAGUUGACAUCUCAUGAUAGUGACACUGUCCACAAUUUCAGGCAAAGGGACUUGUUCUGUAUUAAAAACUAGCUUUAUUUCAGAAGCCUUACUUUCCUGACUUAAUGUAAAAAGUUGAGUAGAUUGUUUUGCAAUGGUGUUUUGUGUUUUUUUUUCCUCUCACCACAGGGUUGUAUAUUUUGCUCUUUCAAUUAUUUCUGGUUUCAGGCUUUUCCCAACUGCUUAACAUGCAGCUUUCCAUCCACCAAUGAUAGUUGUAUGUACCCAACAAUGUAUUCUAAGGUGAAGCUCCUGUUUUUACGCAGUCUUUUCUCUGCACUAGUUGUCGAGUAAUGCACUUGGAGAACACAGAUCACAAUCCGUUCUCACCUGUAAAAGAUGCCAUUUCAAGUCUCCUCUCACUUGGUUCAGGGGUCAAAUAUUUUAUGUAACUACUGUGUUUAUACUAGGUUUUUUUUUGUUGUUGUUUUGAACGUUUUAAACCAAACGCCACACCUUGUUGGUUGAGCUGGGCGGUCGGAGGCUGUGGAAGCUCGUUGUUCCAUCUUUCGAGCUGCCAGUAUAUGAAAAACAUGGGAAGGUUUGCAGUCUCAUCAGUGCGAGCCUAAAUUUGCUCGUCUAGUUGAGUGCAAAGCAGCUGGAAUGAUGGGUGCAGUCUGUGUUUGAAGUUUCCCAGUAAUGGUGGAAGUUAAGUCUGUUUGGGGACAUACUAAUGGAAGCUUUUGGCGAGUGAUUGGUAAUGUCUCUCUCUCUCUUCUCUCUCCUUUCUCUCUCUCUCUUUGAUAAUUAUCUGCUUGACAGUUUGAUUGUGAAAACCCAUUACCUCUGACCUCUGCUAGAAAAAGCAGUUACACUUGAGCCUUAACAGUGUUUUCUGUGACAUCAUCCUGCCCUGUGUUGGCUUCCAUCUACAUUUAAUAUUUCUGUGUUAUUUGCUGUGUAAAUAGUUGAAAGCUUGAUCAGUUUUUGGAGUCUCAAACUUUUUUUUUUUUAAUCCCACCUGCCUAUGGUCUGGUGUUUGUUUUCUUUCUUUCUUUUUAUUUUUUUUGAAUGAAACAUGCUGCUCACUGUGAUGUUUUUCAUGUAUGUUUUGACUGCAUUUGUGAUAAAGAGUGGCACGCAGCAGACUGCUCAUGUUGUGUAUGGACCAAGAGAUGCAGCUGUGCUGUAUAUUUAUCAUUCAGUUAAACUGAUUUGGACUUUCACUGCUAUCUAAUCUGUACCACCAUGAUUGUCUCUGUAUGUGUGUGAUGUGCGCAAGUAAAUGUUAU